AGACCUGGACCAAUUAAGUAAACCUCAAUCGGCCCAGCCGGGGAUCGAACCCAGGACCUCCGUCAUUAAAUCCACCGCGCAUACCACUGCGCUACGGAGGCCGUCAAAAAUAAUAACAUAUCGAGAGGAUUACAUUUAGCUUGACACUGCUUGUUUGUGGAAUACGAAAUCUAGCCUAAGAUAAUGUCACGAGAGUUAGUAGUGUGUUUUUUGUUUGGUUAAUGUUUUAACUUCUUCUUAAGUCCUUUUUCAUCAUUACAUUACACAUAGCGGUGCAUAAUUCCGAAAACAACUAUAUUUUAUCAUUGAGAUAUUGCACUAGUGCGAACAAAUGUGCCUCUGACAAGCAUUUUUAUAUAGGACUAGCGGACGCCCGCGACUUCCGCGGUCCGCGUGAAACUCGAUGUAAACUUUCAACUACCCCUACCCAACUCUACCCCUACCCUACACCUACCCUACCCCCUACUCAACCCUACCCUACCCUACCCUACCUUUUCCUGAAUUUUCUUUGCUAUAAACCUCACGGAGCCCGAGACCUUUCCAACGAAUGCAAAACCGUGGAAAUCGGACCGUGCGUUCUGGAGUUAUAGCGUCAGGAAGGAAAACCUGACUUAUUUGUAUAUAGUAGAAAAAGACAAUGUCGUUAUGUUACAGGGUGACAAUGUCGCUCGGUCUUAUAGCACAAAUUAUAACUACUCGUAAAUAAACACCUCGCCUGCUCCGACAAGGUUACUCGUAUUACUUGAUUUUAAAUAUCCUACUUUAGCUAAUCAGAAAAAAUCAGAUUUGUGGUUGUAAUUUUUCACAUUCACAAAGUAUACUGUGACAGCCUAGGGGAUAUGACCUCUGCCUCCCAUUCCAGAUUCCCAUUUCAGUUGUGUGCAUUAUAAGGAAUUAAAUAUCACGUGUCUCAAACAGUGAUAUCCUGCCUGCAUACCAGAGAUUUUUUUUAAUUAUAUCUGCGUGUGUGAAGUCUGCCAUCCGCAUUGCGCCAGCGUGGUGGACUAUUAGCCUAACCCCUCUAAUUCAAAAUCAAAAUCAAAAAUCAAAAAUCAUUUAUUUCAAGUAGGCUCAGUUUACAAGCACUUUUGACACGUCAGUUGACUAUUUGUAAAGAUUCUACCACCGGUUCGGAAGACAGGUUCCGCUGAGAAGAUACCGGCAAGUAACUCAACAGUUGCUCUUUUGAAAAAGUCAUACAGUAUUACAAUUUACAUUUGAUAUCAAUUAAAUUACAAUUUCUUAUAGUUUUAUUUCCUGUGUGAAGGUGGAAGCUGAUCCAAUGGCCUCCAAGCACCUUUGUCGUUAAGGAACUCAUCAAUAGCGUAGUAACCUCGUCUAAGUAAAUGUAAAUUCUGAGAGGAGACUCGAACUCAGUAGUGAGCCGAAUAUGGGUUGAUAACAAACGAAAUGUCCCUGGUAACUGCUACUGUUAGUAAAAUCGUAAAGUAAAUUUCACUACACCAAUUCAGCUCGAUCACAUCGCACUAUCUUAUUGAUGACUUACGUCCUUCCGCUGACUCCGAUGUUAUUUAUCAUCGCAAAGCCUGUUUCAUUUGCUAUCGACACUUUUCUUAUCUUUUAUUGAUGGCAUUUUAACAGCUUUCUUAGUUCUAUUUAAUAUAUCUAAGGGUCGCGCAAUCUGAAAGUACUUAGUAUCUACUACUAAGUACUAAGUACUACUAAGUACUUAGUAUCUAUAGCUAUAUAUCAUUCAGACUAAUAGUAUCACUAUUAGUUUGAAGGGUAUGGUUAUUGGUAACACUUAUUUAAGUCUCUACAACACUACAUGAGACUUAAAAAAUUGAUUAAAUACCUAUUUGACUGUUAUUUUUAGUAUAGUAUAGUAGCGGACGCUUGCGCGGAAUUCAUUUUCACGCGGGAACCAUGGAUUUUUGUGAGAUGAAAAGUAGCCUAUGUGUUAAGUGUUAAGCCAGAGUAAAAUCCAUUUUCAUUCCUAAUUUCAGCCAAAUAGCUUCAGUAGUAGAGGUUUUUUUGAGAUUAAUAUAUUUUAUAUAGAUUUAUUUUUAAAGCAGUUAAAAUGUUUUUUUCUUGGAUAGGUAGGUACUUGUAAUACUAUAGAUAGUAAAAGAUUAUUAUUAUUCAGAAAUAUUACUACAAAAUAUUAUAUAACACAAAAUAUUAUAUUAUAUCCCGGAAACCUAAUCACCAGAGAUGAGUAUCAAGGUCGUUUAAUAAUAAUAGUUAUCUUCCUAGACACACGAUACUGUGUUGACACAAACUUGUGGUUGUAAUUGGAACUUGAUACAAUUAAUAUGUAUGAACCAAUUACUUCAUAUCCUUUGCUAUGUUGCACAAUUUAACACAGUCUCCAGGUUUCUCGUGUGACUCGACCAACGAGAUAUUAAUUACAAACGAAAUAUAAUUAGACUUAAUGCGUGUAACUGGCCAAACGUCAAAUGCGCAGUUAAAAAUAAUCGCAGACAGGUCACUGACGUUAGACCUGUUAAAUCCAAAAUAUAUAAAUGUAAAAAAUAAGCAAAACAGAAAAUGGAUUUAAAAGAAUCACUGUUAAAAGACGACUUUGGAAAUAUCCUAAUCAGCCUCCAAAAAUUGUUGCCCAAGAAAAAGGAGCCGUUCUUCUUCGAAUUUGACAAGGCGACGUUGACAAGGUUAAGUGAUGUCCACUUGGAGGCGAAGAGUGUGUUCCCAAAGUGCUUUGUUGGCGCUAAACUUGUCAUCCUACGCCAGAUAAUGGACAAAGUCAAGUUAAUGCAGAACUACAGCUUCGGCAAGACUAAGGAAUCCUACAAGUGCUACUCCCAUCUUUUGUACAAAGAAACUGAUAAUAAAAACGUCGAUGACGGCUUAUUGAUAGACUCGACGGGAUCUGCAAUAGCGACGUAUAAGGAGAAGACGGAUGACUUCGAAAUGAGAUUAACGUCAAAGAUAAAGGACGUCGUGUCUUCAGAAACUGAGAUAGUCUUUGAAAAAGAAAGCGAUAAGUCUAUCGGUUCUAUUUCUUGCUCUAUGAAAGAUGUCGAUCCUAUAACCUUGAGUCUAGUAGCGCAGUGGAUGUACAAAAUCAGGCCGGAGCUUAGUGUGGGCAGCGAAUUCGGCAUAAGACCUCUGUCUCAUCCAAUAUCACCGCAGUUGUCUUUCAGCGCUCGAUACGAACGGUCGUCCUUCACGCUGUCUUCGACUCUCAGCAGAGUCGGUUUUCAAGUGUGCAUAUACAAAAAGUUCAGUCCAGAUUUACGGAUAGCGACCAUUUUUAAUGAGGGCAAUAAAGACCUGCCCGCUUCCGUCGGUGUGGCGUUACACAAAAGCUUCGAGAACGGUUCAGAGUUGAAAAUGUUUGUGGAUUCGCAGAAAUGCGGAGGUUUUACGUACGAAAGGGACAUUGUGUUCCAGGAGUCGCAUAAUGACGUGCGGGUAAUACGAUUGAUGGCUAGCACGCUCAUUGACCGGCAGAAGCGAGUCCGUUUGGGUUUCGGCUUCAAUUUGGAUUUUUAAACUACCCCCUGUCACUUGUAAAUUAAUCGUUAUACAUUGUGUACGUUUUUGUAGUAAUAUUUGUUUGUAUAUAAGUAUACAUAAGUUUUAGUUAACGCUUUAUUAUUGUUAAUGCACGUUUUGUGACACCGUUUUGAGGGUGUGUGAUUAAAAUUUGUUGAAUAGAUUUUUUUUGUUAUUUCAUUUUAUGCCCUGAAUCUAUUGAAAGUAGCAUUCAUAAAAACCAUCAGAGGUAUGGAAGAAUAAACUUCUACCUCUUCCGAGUUAGCCUUAAGAUCUUAGAAUGUAUCGUAAGGGCUUCCGCACACGGGCCACCGGCCACAACCACAAAACGCCGCUACUGGCAUACUUCCUGUAGUUUUCAUAAAUUUUAUAUGGACUCAUUGCACACGGUUGACGCUGGUGGCCGCCACACGCUACAACACAUUUGUCACUUCUUGUAGCACCGGCCACUAAACGCCUACACAAAAUGCCGCAACACGCAACUCGCGCAAUUAUGAUACUGCAUGUAUGGGUUAAAAAAGUAGUAGCCACCGACCACAAGUGUUGACCACCGGCCACAAAUGACUAUCGCGCGCUUCAGCUACCUUUGUGGCCCCUUCUUGUUUCUUGUAGCGGCGUUUUUGGCUGUCGCAUGUGCACUUACUAAGCAUCAGAGGAGAUGCCAAGGGCAAUAAUUUAUUAAUUCAAAAUGAGCUUAACCCAUUUGAGGUCACUGUACGCAACUGAGUACAGACAUAUCCAUAGGUGUAGAUUGUAAAACUUGGAAAGUUAACUAGGGUAAUCAUAUAAUUUUACUUUAUUAUAAAACUGUUUAGAUAUUUUGUUAAACAUUAUGCGGGUAGUGUGUCAUUUAUUGAUAAAUAGUGUCAGUUGAAGUUGCAUCACGGAAACAUUGUGCACGUAAGUGAAUGAUAUUAUAUUUUUUUUCAUAACCAUCGAUUAAAAGUUUGUUUUUUCAUAACAUUUGUAGAAAAUAGAUGUCAAAGUAAGAUUUGAAUUAGAAUACAAUAAGUAAUUUGCAACCACAAUGAAACUAGGGUCAUACAAAUUGUACUGUACGCGUUUGCGUACAAUGACAACAUACGUAAGUAAAAUAACUGGUUUAGUUUACAUAUUCCUUACAAUGAAUAAACAACAAUUUACACCUCGAGAAUGCUACAUAGAGCUUGAGGAAGCUGUUGAUGGUGUUUUACGAGGUAGUGAUGAAGAUGAAAGUGAUUUUGCUAUUAUACCACCCGAUCCAAGUGCAUUGACUGAUGAAGAGGAAGGUGCCGAAGAGGAUGUAGCAGGGUGUUUCAUGCCGCAUGAUGUACCUGACACUAUAGAGGUAUUUACGAAUCCCGAAGAUGGCAGUAACGACGAUAGUGAUGAUGAACCACUGGCGUAAAAAGAAGACGACAAGAUGUUACCCGCCAAUCCGAUCCAAUGCCAAUCUGGUGGAAAUGUGCCCCUUCAUACACUUCAACAUUACAACGUACUAACAUACAAGUCAGUGAUAGGAAAAUACGAUUCGUGAAGAGCUAAGAGGCUAAAUAUCAUAUAGCAAACUUUACGCAAAUCAAAACAAUCGACACGAGUUUUGAUAUUUGGAUACAUCGAGAAACAAUGUACUGGUCUCUAGAUGAAGAUAUAGGCUUGGAAUUCGUCGCCGAAUCUAUAUCAAGACAUAAGUUCCGGGAUAUAGAAAGAAACCUUCAUCUUGUUGACAACAACUUAGCAGCAACAUCUAAUGAUAAAAGAUAAUGCAAAGAUAAUAGUGUAUGUACAAUGGCAACUAACUACGACACCAUAGAACCAUUAGGGACUGUCAAGCGAAGCAGUUCCAAAAAAACGAGAGAAAACAGAUGUAACGAUACCACAUUUAUCUCAAACUUACAACAAAAAUAUGGGUGGUGUUGAUGAACUUGACCAGUCUAUCUCGUUAUACAGAAUUACUGUUCAUGGUAAAAAGUGGUGGUGGGUGUUAUUUACUUAUUUGUCUGUUGCUAAUUUUUAGUUUAUAUGUAAUGAGUUAUGUAACGAUAAACGAGUAAUGAUACUAUACUAUGAAUAGGUCACUUUCCCGUCAAAACUGAAACACCGCUGCAGUGUGUCCUUUGUCUUGCAAGAGUGCGCUGGUAAAGCAGAAGUGUCUCAAAACACUUUGUGUUGAAAAAGCGUGUUUAGAAAAUUUUUAUACAUAAGCGGUCAUUGUACUCAGUUGUGUACACCCCUGUAAUUUCAUGAAAACUAAUAUUUUUCAGUAUUUUCUUUAAUUUCAUGCCUUUUUCUUUGUUUUUUAAUAAGUAAGUAAAGAUUAUUUAAAAAUAUCUUUUGUACUUUUCAUUUGACCUCUAAUGGGUUAAAUAAAAUUAAUUUAAUUUGAUUUGAUAACGACGUCUAUGUCAGUCUAAUAUAAUUUGGGACAGAGUUGGAAAGUUUCAGAAGUGGGAUAAACCUCAAAAACCCAAGCUUGUUAUCUCUGAGAAGUAAAUACGACAAAUUGUGCUUGUUAUGAAACUUUUUUUUGUUUAGCGGUCGCUUCGCGGUUUUCGAGGGUAGAAAAUAAGAGUCGGAUGAUUGUUGUUCAGUAUUUCGCUGCUGUAAUAUCUUAUAAACAAUUUCUAAUGAGCUCCCCGGUCGGCUUGGAUGGCCUUUUCAAUGAAAUGUUUUUUAUUUUAUUUUGGUGCAAGUUUUGGUACUGUUGUUUCAACAUGCUUUGAUUCUAUUUAAAAAAAAAUAGAAUUUCAAGGAAAAACGAACUGCUUUGAAGUUAUACACAAAAAGUA